CACAGCACUCUUCUCUCCCCCUUCCCCCGCACCUUUUCCUCUCUCCUCUCUCCUCUAUCCUCUCUUUUCUCUGGCUCUCUCUCCCACAUUUCACUCCCCCUGCUCACUAUCCUCCCUUCUGACCUCCAUCUCUUUCUCUCUUUUGAUUGCUCCUUUCUUCCCCUUUUGUGCUGGUGAAUUUUCUCCUGUUUGUCUUGGCAUUAUGGUGUAGGCUUGUAGCUGUGAACCGAAGAAGAGAAGGAGGCAACAAGCCAGCAAAAGCAAAGAAAAGAAAGAAUCUGUAGACGUUGUAGAACUAGAAACUCACAUGCAGCCCUGUUUACUAUCUCAUUAGCUUAUGUGCGUUAUCUUUUGUUUUGUUUUUUUUUUUUAUCUAUUCCUGUAUUUCUCAUAGAGAGCAAGUCUUUCAUUCAAAACAGAGGUGAAGAAAUGACUAAAGAGGAAGACUUUAAGCUACUCAAGAUUCAGACUUGUGUUCUCAAAGUGAACAUACACUGUGAUGGAUGUAAGCAGAAAGUGAAGAAACUCCUUCAGAGAAUUGAAGGUGUUUACCAAGUAAGCAUAGAUGCAGAGCAGCAGAAAGUCACAGUCUCAGGAAGUGUAGAUUCUGCAACAUUGAUCAAGAAACUGGUCAGAGCUGGUAAACAUGCUGAGGUUUGGUCCCAGAAGUCCAACCAAAACCAAAAGCCAAAGAACAACUGCAUCAAGGAUGACAAGAACAACAAAGGCCCAAAGCAAGGCUUGAUCAAAGGCCUUGAAGCCUUCAAGACCCAGCAGAAGUUUCCUAGUUUCGUUUCUGAGGAAGAUGAUGAUUAUAUGGAUGAUUAUGACGAAGAGAAUGAAGAGGAUGAGCUGCAAUUUCUCAAACCAAGUCAACUGGGUCAGUUGGGUCAGCUGGGUUUGCUUAGGCAACAAGCUCUUGAUGCAAAUAAUGCCAAGAACGGUAUUGGAAACAUUACUGCAACUUCCAACAACAAUAAUAAAAUGAACUACAAUCUUAUUAAUGUGAAUGAUGGAAAGAAAGGAAACCAGAAUCAGAAUAUGGGAAUGAAGGUAAAUCCAGGUGUGCUAGAUCAAAAAACCUUGGCUGCUUUGAAGAUGAAUAAUGCUCAGUUGGGUGGUUUAAACAUCAAUGCAGCAGAGGGCAAGAGGGGACACGACAUUAACCCCAUUAUGGGUCUUUCAGGUUUUCAUGGAAAUGGUGCUAAUGUUGCUGAUGCUGCUGCGUUAGGAGGCAAUCCCAAUGCAGUUGGAGGAUUUCAAGUUCAAUCCAACAAUGGGUUGCAGGGAUCUUCUGCAGCAAUUUUUCAAAAUGGUGGAUAUGUUACUGGUCAAAAUCCAUCAUCUGUGCUCAUGAACAUGAAUGGCUACAACUAUCCAUCAUCAAUGAUGAACAUGAUGAACCUGCAGAACAGGCAUGCCAUGCAGCAACAACCCCAGAUGAUGUAUCAUAGAUCCCCGGUAAUUCCUCCUAGCACUGGGUAUUACUAUAAUUAUGGCCCUCCUCCAUACUCAUACCCUGAAGCCCCCAGUUAUAAUGCUGAUCACUCUGCAGCAACCCAUAUGUUCAGUGAUGACAACACAAGCAGCAGCUGUUCAAUAAUGUAAUGAGAACAAAGAAAAAAAAAAUGUAGAGAGAGAAUGCAUGGGGUUUGACAUGGAAAUUCUCUCUAAGUGGAGCUAGUAGGUUUUGACAGUAUUCUACUGUUUGAUGUGGAGGGUAGCAGAGAUGCUGGAAUGGGAUGUUUGAGUGGAUCUUAUCUGUGUAUUUGUGUAGUUGUUAAGUAGAUGUUCUCUUUUUUUAAUUCACUCCAGCUUCUGCCUGCCUUUUUUUUUUAUUCUGUUUCUGGAAUGACUAUGUGAACCACAAAACUAGUAAAUAAACAGAGGAGUCGCUUUAUUUUA